AUGCUCUUUCAACGUGGUCUUAUUCGUCUUCUCUUCGCAACUGAAACUUUCGCUUUGGGUGUCAAUAUGCCGGCUCGCUCCGUUAUAUUUUCCUCUCUCGAGAAAUUUGAUGGAAAACAACUUCGGCGUCUAAAUCCUGGUUGUCACUUCUCGUUUACUUCGCCUUUCUACUUUACAUUAGGCGAAUAUACACAAAUGGCUGGACGCGCUGGAAGGCGUGGUUUGGAUGUUACUGGAACUGUGAUCCUUUUGCUUAAUGACCCAUCAAAAUUUCCAACGCAGUUAGAUCUUGAGGCGAUGAUUCUUGGUACUCCUACCCAGCUACGGUCUCAAUUUAAGAUCACCUAUUCGAUGAUUCUUCAUCUCCACCGAACUGAUGGGCUGUCCCCCUGUGUAAGCUAUAUUUGCCGUAGUUACACUUCUAUUGGUUGCAUUAAAUAA